AUGGCAGAUGUAGAAUCAUUGUUGGACAAAGGUUCAAACAACGGUGGCUGCCAAUUCAUUGGAAUUUGGGGCAUGGGCGGUUUGGGCAAAACAACUCUUGCAAAAGCAUUGUUUAACAAAUUGCAUUUUACAUAUGAAGGGUCUUGCUUUUUGGCUAAUGUAAGGGAAGAAUCAAAGAAACAUGGAAUAGAUGCUUUGAGGGAAAAAAUUGUUUGGAGGUUAUUAGGGGAUAAAGAAUCUCACAUUCGCAAUGCAAUAUAUCCUUGUACCAUAAGUAGGCUUGGUAGGAAAAAAGUUUUCAUUGUGCUUGAUGAUGUUGAUGAUCUUGAGCAAAUAGAAAAUCUAGUCCGAGGACUUGAAUUUGGAUCAGGUAGUAAAAUUUUGAUAACAACCAGAGAUAAGCAAAUACUUGGUAAUGAAGUGGAUGAUAUAUAUGCGCUUCAUUGUUUGAAUCCUGAUGAAGCUUUUCAACUUUUCACCUUGAAUGCCUUCAAAAAAGGAUAUGAUGGCACAAAGAUAAAGGUGCUAGCAGAAAAAGUGACUGAAUAUGCAGGUGGAAAUCCACUGGCCCUAAAGGUUUUAGGCUCCUUCUUGCAUGGCAAAAAUCAAGAAGCAUGGGAAAGCCAACUGGGAAGUAUUGAAGGCAUGAUUAUGAACCUUUCAGAAGUUGAAGAGAUGGAUGUAAUUAUUAAAGCCUUUCGUUCAAUGCCCAAUCUGAAAUUUCUUAGGUUUUAUGGAAAUUUGAAUGGUCAGCUUAGCAACAAGUUAAAUGCUUCUAGUAUGAAGCUUUUGCCAAGAAAUCUCAUGCUAUUGGAUUGGGUGGGAUGCCCUUUAAAGUCCUUGCCAACAACAUUCAAUGGAGAAAAUCUUGUUGAAAUAAAAAUGCCCAACAGCAAUUUGACAAAACUCUGGGAUGGAGAGCAGAAUCUUGUGAAUUUAACCAAAAUUGAUCUUCAUGAAUCAAAAGACUUGACUGAGCUCCCAAAUUUUUCCAAGGCCAUACAUCUUGCAGAAGUUUAUCUUCAUGGUUGUUCAAAAUUGCAGAGUGUUCAUCCCUCUAUUUUAUCUCUCCAUAGCCUUCGUGGAUUAUUGCUAAGUGGUUGCAAAGCCCUUACCAGCCUUACGAGCAACACCCAUCUCAAAUCACUAAGUAUGCUCAACUUGACGGGAUGCUCAGGACUAUGCGAAUUUUCAGUGACCUCAGAAUAUAAUUUGUUUGAAUUGAUGCUUUGUGGAACAGCCAUCAAUGGUGAGUUGUCCUCAUCAAGCGGAUGUCUCAGCAAAAUUUAUUUUUUGGACCUAGAAAGAUGCGAAGGGGUGACAAGUCUUCACAAAUUGGUUGACAAGCACACCCUCCAACGCCUUCAUGCAGAUUAUUGUAAUAAGCUAGCAUCAAAUCUACGUUCCAUAUUUGAUGAGAUGCGUGCUUUGGAAGCUCUAGUGCUGAGGGGUUGUAGUGAAUUAUUUGAAGUGCCUGACAACAUCAGCUUGUUGUCGUCAUUAAGUCAGUUAGAUCUCUCGAGGAGUAAUAUAGAGACCUUGCCUUUAAGCAUCAAACAUCUUUCAAGCCUGCAAUGUCUCACCUUAGAUGGAUGCAAAAGGCUUCUGUCCCUACCACAACUCCCUCCCUCUAUCUGUACACUGGAAGCCAAUGACUGCUGGUCCCUUGAGACCUUACAUUCACCUUUAAUGAGUGAAGAUAUAGAAGGAAAAGGGUAUUAUUAUGAUAACUUCAGUUUCGGAAAUUGCAUGAAGUUGGAUGGGCAGUCAAUCAAAGCUGUUGAGGCCAAAGUGCUACUUCACAUGAAUAAUAACAAAGACAUUUAUUACCGGGCUCAAAUGGAAUAUCCAGGAGGAAGAGUCGCGGAGUGGGUCAUGUAUAGGACUACACAGUCUUUGGUGACUGUGGAUCUCAGCUCGAUUCCACAACCUUGGGAUGGCGCUUUCAUUUUUUGUGCCGUGAUUUAUGGAUCACGAUCGUGGACUACAAUUGGUGCCAAAUUGUUUAUUGAUGGACAAUAUGCUUACAUGUCCCCAGGCGAGUCUUUUCAUGUGUCUCGGUUGUCAUAUCAUGUUUGUCUUUGGUACGAUGCAGAGUCAUGGGGAGAGGUGCAAAGGACAAUUGAAGAAAAGAAAAGAGAAGCUCAAAGCAACACUACCUAUCAUCCAUUAUUGUUUCAAUUUGAAUUCACAGCCUUUUCGCCUUAUGAUGAUGAAACAACAUUAGCGAUCAAAGAGUGUGGGGUGUGCCCGACAUCUGCAGUUGAAUAUCAAAAUUACAUCAAACAAAUUCAAUUGGCGUUAUUGCAUCCACAUCGUAGCUCUAAUGCAACGCAAUCGGCCUGUCAAAAGUACAAUCGGCCUGCAAAGAAGCAGUCUGGAAAUAUAAUCACUAGAAAGCAUCUGAAGAAUAUGAGAAGAAGAAACCACAGGUUUGAUUUUGAACACUAA